AUGGCGCAACAAGAAGUAGACCUCGAUGCUCUUAUCAUCGGGGCGGGAUUCAGCGGGAUAUAUCAACUCCACCGGCUGAGACAGAUGGGUCUAUCAGUCAAGGUGAUAGACGUUGCCAGCGACGUGGGAGGAACGUGGUAUUGGAACCGAUACCCCGGGGCGAUGAGCGACACUGAGAGCUUUGUGUAUCGAUUCUCGUGGGACAAGGAAGACCUGCAAACCUACCCCUGGACACAUCACUACGUCAAACAGCCUGACGUCCUGGCCUACCUCCAGCAUGUCGUCGAGCGACACGACCUGCGGAAGGAUAUGCUGUUCAACACGGAGCUGCUGUCCGCCAAAUGGGACGAGGUGUCUAAACUCUGGCGCGUGGAAUUGAGCACGGGCAAGACUCUCAGGAUACGAUAUCUCGUCACGGCGCUCGGUUUGCUAUCGAAAGCCAACUACCCCGAUAUACCGGGCAUCGACACGUUCCAGGGCCAAAAGGUCCACACAGCGCGAUGGCCAGCAGGGCUCGACGUCACGGGCAAACGCGUCGGCAUAAUAGGCUGUGGCUCGACGGGCGUCCAAGUCAUCACCGACAUAGCCAGUAAAGUGAAGUCGCUGACCUGCUUCCAACGACACCCCCAGUACAGCGUGCCCAGCGGCGAUCGUCCCGUCGACCCGUCCUACCGCCAGUGGGUCAACGAGAACUACGACGCGAUAUUCGACCAAGUCAAGAACAGCGCCGUCGGGUUCGGCUUUGUCGAAUCCACGCGGCCGUAUGCAUCUGUCUCGUCCCCCGAGGAGCGCGAAGCCAUCUUUGAAUCCCUCUGGCGCCAGGGCAACGGCUUCCGCUUCAUGUUCGGCGGCUUCAACGACAUCGCCACGGACAAGGUCGCCAACGAAGCGGCCUGUGCCUUUAUCCGCAAGAAGAUCCGCGAGAUCGUCAAGGACCCCGAAAAGGCCCGCAAGUUGCAACCCCACGACUACUAUGCGCGGCGCCCGCUCUGCGACGGCGGCUACUUCGAGCAGUUCAACAGGGAGAACGUGGACGUCGUGCAGCUCCAAGAAACCCCGAUCACACGCAUCACGGAGAAGGGCGUGCAGACGACAGACAGACUAUACGAACUCGACGUGCUGAUCUUCGCGACGGGCUUUGACGCCAUCGAGGGCAACUACAACCGCGUGCGCAUCCAGGGCCGCGACGGCAUGUCACUCAAGGAAUACUGGACCCCAACGGGCCCCACGAGCUACUUGGGCGUGUCAGUGCCAAAAUUCCCCAACCUCUUCCUGAUCACGGGCCCUCAGGGGCCGUUUACUAACCUGCCGCCUACGAUUGAGGCGCACGUGGACCUCAUCUCGGGCCUCAUUGCUCGCGCUGAAAAAGGCCGCAAGGAGGGCAAGCUUCCUGUCAUCGAGGCCACAAGGGAGGCCGAGCAGGAGUGGUGUGCCGAGUGUGAGCGCGUGGCCGAAGGUAGUCUCUUCAAGGAAACGGCAAGUUGGAUCUUUGGCCAAAACGUGCCCGGCAAGAAGUAUGCCUUGAGAUUCUACUUCGGCGGGCUGAAGGCCUUUUACGAGGCUGUGCAGAAGGUCAUUGAUAACGAUUAUGCUGGGUUUAAGCCUUUGCAACCGGCUGGAGAUGAGGUCCAACAAGGGUUUCAAGGCGAAGUUAGUGACUCGAAGCCUCUGGUAGCACGGCUAUAG